UGAAAUGGAUACUCGCGAGUGAAUCUAAUGAUGGCCGUGAACAGUCCAGGAGGUUAUCCUCCCGUCUCCCCUAAGCCCCAUACUCCCAAAAGUCCCCGGCACUUUGUGUUUCCCCAAAAAAGUCCGUCUAUCACCUCCAGCACUUCUUCUUCUGGGUACUACACGCCUCAGUCCGGUUGUAGCUAUGAUAAGCACAACCAGCCUCCGAAGUCUCCCAUAGCGCACGGGCACAGAAGUCCCAUGAGCCCGAGGCACUUCAAUUUCCCACAGAAUCCUUCAGGCCGGUCGAGUCCCUGCAACUUCGAUAGGGUCCCUCAUCCCCCAUCUAGCCUGCACUACUCAACGUCUCUCAAACACAGCCGGAGAGAAAAGUCCAGGUCUCCCAAACCGCCUCCCGUGCACAUCCACACCAACCCAGGAUAUGUGUCUCCGAACCGCACGCGGAAAAUAUACGGUUCCACUUCCACAGUGAGCUCUCCGCGGCUAGUGACGUCACCGAGUAUAGUAUCGAGUCAUACUGACGACUCGAUGGAUGCCAUGCCGGGGACGCCGUCUGCAGUGGUUCAUGAUGCGGAUGACGAGGCCACGACGACGUCAUCACGCAUCUGCCGGAAGUCGACGUCAGAUUUGACAGAUAUGACAGAUGACACGCCACAGACUAGGUCGACGAGCGUGAGCAGGCCGUGCUCUCCUAUGAGGCGAGGGUCCAUGAAGGGUGGACUGGCUUACCUGGCCAGUAGGAGAGGGUCGAGGGAGUCUACGAUGUCGAAUUGUGACUCCGUAGAGGAUAUCGGGCCGUUGAACUUUCAAAAUACGAUGCGUGGACGGCAGAGGCGGACGUCCAACUUUUUGGAGUUACCAGUGGUCGAGCACUCGCGCCCUCGCGUCUGCUCGCUCCCCGAGAAGCCGUACAACCCGCGCAUCUCCGACGACCUGUACCGGCUGCGCACCUUCAGCAUCACGACCAAGGGCGGCGUCGUCAACUGCGGCGACUCCAUCUGCAACCGCCGCAGCCGGUCCAACACCUCCGUCAACUCCACCAAUAGCAGGGCGUCGGACCGGUCGCCUUUCGACGGGUCCUGCUGCUCGGGCUACCGGCCUGUGGACUCCGCGAGCCUCACCACGCCGGACGAAGACGAUCUUGACCAGAUCCCAAAGUACCGAGUGGUGUUGUUGGGCGACGCCGGCGUCGGCAAGACGGCGCUAGUGUCGCAGUUCAUGACGUCAGAGUACAUGAACACGUAUGACGCCAGUUUGG